GCGAGUAGGAUUGGCGCUAGGUGUGUUCCGCGUUAUCUUUUUCCGUUUCCCAAAUCCGUAAGAUUUCACGUUCAAGAAUUCUCCUCAAUUGGUCCUAAAAAUAUUAUCCUCAAAACACUAAUUGUGCUGUAACUGGGUCAAGACAGAGCCAGUUUACUUCCAUCUCCUCAAGUGGGGAUCAUACGAUUCAUAUCCGUAAAUGCCCGACGUCGGGAGCAAAGUGGAUUCGUUAAAGUGAAAGUCGUUCGCUGAGCGUCCUGUCGCGCCGUAUUGUACGUAGUCAGUAGUCACCGUGGGUUCAUGUGAGGAGUCCUCAUUGAGCUGGGACGUUGUUUGCGCGGUUCUGGGUUAUGUGCAGGUAGUGGUGAUAAUUGGGGGUGGUUGCUGGGAAUUGAGGAAGAGAAGGUGGUUCUCGUGCAGAACAUAUUUCGUGCGGAGCAAAGGCUCCGGUGGAGCGCAAGUGUUUUGGAAGCAUGUCAAAGAUGCAGUGGCAGUGGCAGUAGCGGCCGCAGGACUUGCACGUAGCUCCAGAUUCAGGUCCAAAUCGAGUCAGUAGACACAAGGCUACCGUCCGAGGAUAGUCGUUCGAAGUGUUGGCUCUUCGGGAUCUUUGCGCUGCAGUUGAGUUGCUUCCGUUAAUCGAAGCAGUUGGAAAGGUGAAUUCGAUAUUUUUGCAAAUUCCUUUUAUUUAAUUUAAAGAAUUGCGCUACGCGGCCUAAUGAAACGUACAGACAAAUUCCUCUGAAAAGGACUUUAAUUUCACCAAAAUAAAAACAAUUAAUCUUCGAGUAGACAUUGAUCAACAUUUGAAUCCGAAUACCGCGUCAUAAUAAUAGUACACUAUCACGUGCACAUAUUUCGUUUCAAUCAUUCCCCUGCCGACCGCAGCGAGCUCUGCUCGUACUUACCGCCCAGCUCGCGCGAGACUAAUUGACAACGCGAAUCUUUCAUGUAAUCGUAGAUUGUUGUGAUUUUUGUGUUGCCUCCUAGAUGCCGUGCAGAACGAGUUAGAUCGGGAACUGAGUCCUGUCACGAGAAAUCUUCCGGUUUACGGGAAGUGGACAUUUUCUCGGCGGGUGUGGUGAUUUGUGGUUCCUUCCGGUGAUUUCGUGCGAAAUUGGAAAUACUCAGGUCUAUUGUCAGUUUCGGUGGUUUUAAGUGAACUUUACGAAUUUCAAGUGAAUUGCUUGUGUGGUUUGGAUUCUUGGUGACGGAUAUUUUUCAGGAAGAAGGAGUAUUGGAAAGCAACACUCCAAGAUGUAUGGAUUCGUGAAUUACGCUUUGGAACUGCUCGUCCUUAAAAAUUUUGGAUUAUCAGUUUGGGAGCAAAUCAAAAAAAAAGCGGAAAUUGCAAUGGAAGGACAAUUUCUCGUUAGGCAAAUUUAUGAUGACGAGAUAACAUACAAUUUAAUUGGGGCAGCUGUUGAAAUUCUCAACAUUCCAGCUGACAGUAUCUUGGAACUUUUUGGAAAGACUUUUUUCGAAUUUUGUCAGGAUUCUGGAUUUGAUAAGAUUCUUCAGGUGCUGGGAGCCACUCCAAGGGACUUUUUACAGAAUUUAGAUGCCCUUCAUGACCACUUAGGCACUCUCUAUCCAGGAAUGAGAGCGCCGUCAUUUCGGUGCACAGAAAAAGAUGGGUCCUUGAUAUUACACUAUUAUUCGGAAAGGCCUGGCUUGGAGCAUAUUGUUAUUGGAAUAGUAAAGGCUGUCGCAUCAAAACUUCACGGCGUCGAAGUUAAUAUAGAAAUAAUCAAGAGAAAAGGUGAACCACUUGAUGAUGACGAAGUUGAGAGGAGCCAACAAAUCGCAUCGUCCUCGUCGGAUAUGAACCUAAGCAAUGCCGUGGACGGUGAUGGUUUGCGGGAGACAAACAAUAAUGAUGAGGGUAAGCAUUGUCUGAGCGAGCCUACAUCGGCCAUUGCGGGACGUAGACGUCGUUCAGCCACUGAGAUCCUUUCGAAAGGAAGAUGUCCUUUUGCAAGCCAACAAAAAAACUCACAAACCUCCUGCGCGAAUCGAACGACGGAUAAGAACCCAUCCAGUGAUAGUAAUUUUGAAGGCAUAAAGAACGAUGGUAAUAGUGACAAUGAGUUUUCAUCGCGACGACCAUCACAUCCUUCAAUCCAUCUUCACGAGAGUUUUGAUGAGAGCAAGGCCAACGAAUGUUUGCGAUUAUGGAAGAACAAAAGUGACGAUAUCGAGAGGUCGGAUCACGUUCAAUUUCUUAUAACUGAAACUUUAGGAGCUAGUCGUACGGCCCAAACCAAUGUAGAAGAAAAAGAACCACCCGACGAGGUCGAUUUCUUUUGUGAAGGUUCCCUGAUAUCGCCAUCAACAUUCUCGAAAAUAUUUCCAUUCCAUUUAAUGUUCGAUCGUAAUAUGAAAAUCGUACAAGCCGGAAAAUCCGUGUCCCGCGUCAUACCCAGGGUAUCGGACAGUGACUGUCCACUACUGGAGGUUCUUGAAGCGAUUCGACCGCAUUUACAGCUCACCUUUGAGAACAUUCUGGCGCACAUUAAUACUAUCUACGUCCUUCAAACACGACCGGGUGCAAUGGAGAAGCAGGAGCGCUACCUGAGAUUAAAGGGUCAAAUGUUGUACAUUGUGGAGUCGGAUUUAAUCUUGUUCCAAUGCUAUCCAAGCGUAAUGAAUUUAAACGAUUUAACAGAAAAAGGCCUAUACGUUUCCGACGUUCCAAUUCACGAUGCAACCAGAGAUCUAGUCCUGCUCUCUGAAAAAUUCGAAGCUGAAUAUAAACUCACACGAAACCUGGAAAUGCUCACCGAUAAAUUACAACAAACAUUUCGAGAACUCGACAGUGAAAAGCAAAAAACCGAUAGAUUACUCUAUUCCGUACUCCCCCAAAGUGUUGCUAACGAACUUCGCCAUCAGCGACCGGUCGCACCGAAAAGGUAUGACUGUGUGACUUUAAUGUUCUCCGGAAUCGUUGGUUUUGGACAAUACUGUGCAGCCAAUACAGAUGCAGAAGGAGCUAUGAAAAUUGUGAAAAUGUUAAAUGAGCUUUAUACUCUUUUCGAUGCCUUAACAGAUUCUAAACGUAAUUCAAAUAUUUAUAAAGUAGAAACUGUAGGAGAUAAGUACAUGGCCGUGUCAGGACUGCCGGAUCCUUGUGAGAACCACGCAGCCUGCAUCUCUAGAUUAGCUUUGGACAUGAUGGAUAUGGCGAAAAAUGUGAAAAUGGGACCAAACCCUAUACAAAUAACAAUUGGAAUUCAUUCGGGCGAAGUGGUUACUGGCGUGAUAGGGAAUCGUGUACCAAGAUACUGCCUUUUCGGGAACACAGUGAAUUUGACGAGCCGUACCGAAACAACCGGAGUGCCUGGAAGGAUAAAUGUUAGCGAGGACACGUACAAAUUUCUUUGCCGAGAUUUCACGGAGGAAGAUAGUCCUUUCAACUUUGAGUAUCGCGGUCCAGUUGUAAUGAAAGGUAAACCUGAACCAAUGAAUGUUUGGUUCCUUACACGAAAACAAACUAACAAGGAACCAGUUGAGAUAACAACGGACCUAUGCCAAUCAACCGAAGCGACGUCAUAGAAAAUAAUUCCACCUAAACUAUGCAAACUUAGACUCAAAUAUAUAAUUUAGAGAAACAAAAAGUCCAAUAUAUGGUGAGUGAAAAAAAAGCAAAUCUACACAUAAAGCAUAUAGAAGUCAAAAGUAUUUAAGAAAUAGUGACGUAGAAACUUUAAGGACACACCUAAUUGCUAGGAUUUUUGUAAAUAGAAAACACUCGUAACAACAUUUCGUUUGGAAAAAAUCAGGACUCACCCACAUGCAUAUGUACUCUAUAUUACGCAUUCACAUUCCAUCAAUGGAUUCCACUGAAUCAACAUCAACACGAUUCAAACGCAUGACUUCAAUUUCGGUUGUUCAUUUAAAACGUUCAAAACAAAUUGCCCGUAAACGGCUCUUAGCAGGUUUCACGUUUUCCCUUUCAAUUAAGUGUAAUUUAGUGGAAAUUUUCAGUGAGCUGAUAAGAAAUAGGUUAAUAUACCAGGAGAGAAUGGUUCUAUCUACCUAUCGGUAGAAUAAAUUCGGUUUGAAAAUCCUUUUCUACAAAUCUACCCGCACUCAAAUCGGCAGGAUUCCAGGGGCCUGACAAAAUAUUCUGAAUAUUAAAGCGCCAAUAUCGUUCAUUGAAAUAGGUCAUGAUGACUGACAUAAUGCGAAAAUGAGGAAAACUAUGCGUUCAUAUAUGAAGAGAUAUUUUGUAACCCUUCUUUCCCCAAAUUUGUCCAUUUUCCAUUCACUAGGUAAUAUGGUAUGCAUAGCACACAAUUUUCGCUAUUAAGUCACUGUAACUAUUUGGUUAGCGUAAUCAUCCCUUCAUUCUUGGAUAGGACUAGCAGUCCAAGUAGCCUCCACAUAAACGUAUGUUUUCAUUGUGAAAACAUCCGAACAAUGCAAUAGUAGCAAUAAUACUCGUACAAUCCGGUCACGUCCGCGAUAAUGUGAAUUAGAUCCACACUACUACUCUGUUAAAUUCUCGGUGGCUUGGAUUUAAAUUGGAAAGGGUUGAUUGCACCUUUAUAACUCCGGUGGUACCUCAAUUAGAUGGUCAUGCGAUUUGAAAUCUGGUUUUCAGCCUGUGUUUUAAAUUUAAUGAAAGAUAGGAGAAUCCAAAGCAAGAUUACGCUUCUAUGAGGUAAUGUGAGUGGUGUUCUGGUAAUAUACCGCCUUCAAUUAAACUGUAUUACGAUAACCCAGUUUUCUCAAAUAAUUAGAAAGAUUUCAAGCCCAAAUGUUACUGGACAUACUAUAAAAGGAAAGUUUUUCAUGGCUUCCUUAAAUUAUAUAACAUGAUCGCAUUCAACGCGUUUCAUAUUCGUUUCACGUUUCCAGGUCACGGAAGGCUCCUUUCUAUUCUAUUUUAUACUCGACUCCCCAAAAAUCCCUUAGAAGUUCGGUAACCUCCAUCCACAACCCGACAUCCUUAAUACCCUCCCUUCGUCCACUUCAAUAUUAACAAUUUAGCAACGAUCUUUUUAUAAGAUACAUAUUAAAUCGUAAUGUUAUAGUACCUCUUCCGCUCUACGUUCACAACCUUUCCGACUCAAAGGAGCAUGUACGUAUAUACACACAUUAAUGGCCAAUUAAGUGAUAUCACUGAGUCAAUAGAUAAAAUAAGUUCACCAGGCGUUCCCCGGCAAUAAGAAAAAGUGUGUACGUGAUAUAGCAACUUUAAUGUAUAUUUUUUUGUAAGCCAGUCUCUCCUAAAUGGGGUAGUAAAAUAUCAUCAUUACAUUCACACUGAAAUCAUUCUCACUUCACUCAAUAAAAUUAAAAGAUCAUAAGAGGAUACCAAAUGGAAAAUUAGGUUGUUUGUAUGUAUGUAUCCAUAUUUCCAUUACAAUUUCAUAAGAUUACACGAAAUAUAUUGGAUUGCGGGCGCUUGGGGAUUCACAACUGUUGGAAAAGGGAAAAUGUAUUGUAGGAACUCAUGUUAUCCGAAUUUAUCCACGCAGUAAUUAAUUACUUCCCUGCAUUACACACUGGGAGCUGAACUGUGAAAACAGAAGUCAACAGGUUUCAACUCAUUCAGAAGGGCGGACAAUAUAUGUAUGUAUAUCUGAAAUGUUUUAGGUUGUGUGUCUUUUUAUGGCUCUAACCUAGCUUUGCUUAUUUGCAACGAAGUCCGUACGUUUAGUUUAGUUUAGUUUACUGGAGGGAGUCGCAGCUCCGAGCACUCAGGCCAUUGUUAGACCCAUUAUACUAUCCCCGUAAAUCGGCUAUUCAAUGGUUUCCCGCCUACGGGGUUCUCAGGCUUUAGUGAAUCUGAAAACAUUCUCCAGAGGCAGAGAGUGUGCAGAUUCUUCAUUGAAGAAAACCUUACCAAGAUCUCUUCAUCUGAGAUCUGAGGAUGCUGAGCAGCUGCAUACAAAUUGCAGGGCCUCCUCCUCACAUUUACUGCACAUAGCCGAAACCACAUCCCCAAUCUUUUCCAUAUGGUAGUUUAAGGAGCAGUGUCCGGUUAAAAGCCCUACUAUGGUUUUCAUGUCCCACUUCAUAAGGG